GGCUUUUGAACGGACCGGAAGGGGGAGUCUGACGACUUCCGGCAGUUGGGCUGUGAGGAGAAAGGAGAGCGGAGAAUGGCUACCAAGAAGUUGGCGCGGCAGCUUGGAUUAAUUAGAAGAAAGUCAGUUGCACCAACAAAUGGAAAUGUAGGAAGAAGCAAAUCCAAGCAGUUGUUUGACUAUUUAAUUGUCAUUGAUUUUGAAUCAACAUGUUGGAAUGAUGGGAAACGCCACCAGAGCCAAGAAAUAAUUGAAUUUCCAGCAGUAUUACUGAGCACAUCAACUGGAGAGAUUGAAUCUGAGUUCCAUACUUACGUUCAGCCUCAGGAACAUCCGAUUCUUUCUGAGUUUUGCAUGGAACUGACAGGCAUAAAACAGGCUCAAGUUGAUGAAGGAGUCCCUCUGAGGAUAUGCUUAUCUCAGUUCUGUAAAUGGAUUCAGAAGAUUCAGCAACAGAAGAAAAUUAUUUUUGCUACUGGGAUUUCAGAUCUGUCUAAUUCCGAAGUAAAAUUAUGUGCAUUUGUUACUUGGUCAGACUGGGACUUGGGGGUUUGCCUGGAGUAUGAGUGUAAAAGAAAACAGCUGUUAAAACCUGUGUUCUUAAAUUCUUGGAUUGAUCUCAGAGUAACUUAUAAGAUUUUCUAUAGAAGAAAACCAAAAGGACUAAGUGGUGCCCUGCAGGAAGUGGGAAUAGAAUUCUUGGGAAGAGAACAUUCUGGGUUGGAUGAUUCUCGGAAUACUGCCCUUCUUGCUUGGAAAAUGAUCAGGGAUGGUUGCUUAAUGAAAAUUACAAGGUCCUUGAACAAGGUUCCCACUAAGAAGAAUCCCAAAAUUUUGGCCAGAAAUUUGAAUACGAAUCAAGUUGAAGAAGCAUCGGUCUGCAACAGUAGCAUUUGGGGUCUGAGCACAUAUGAUAGGGAGCCUAAAAAUACAGUAAAUUCUCAUGAAAAAGUUCAGUUGAGGUCAGCUGGUAUGAAUUUUCCUAUAAAGGGACAAGAUCAGUUCCAACUAAAGAGCAAUGUAAAAGUGGGUCUUCACGGUGGCAAAGACUAUUUAUCUCUUUUUAAUACAAAGCCCUCUACUUCCCUGGAGCAGUUGCAGUCUCCCAGCUUGAAUACACCUAUGCAGAAGCACAUAAAAAAUGAACACCUUGCAUUUAGUACCAAACCUAUGUCUUCAACAGUUAGUUCAGAAUCGGUACUUAUUUCAACUACCAUUUCAUCUGUUAAUCAUAUUUCUGAUAUGGAAAUGAGUUCUGCUCUUGAUUGUUUACCUAUGUUGGCUGAUUGGGAGGAUGUAGCUUUACUGCCAGCAUCUCAGCCUGAGCAAAAUAUAGAUUGUAUACCUCCCAUUAAUGACUCAAACUUAGACACUUCACUUAAUUCCAUAGAAAGAUUAAUGAUUUUAAAGGAAGGCACAGAAGAAACUCCUCAAAACUCUGAGACCUCUAAGUCUAUUGUUUAUAAGAGUCCACAUACUACUAUUUAUCAUGUAAAAGAUGCCAAAGAUCAAGGUUCAGUUGCUUCUGACUUUAAAUUACCUGAAUGCAAAUCAAGUAGCUCCAACAGUAUUAAUGCCAGUAUGUCUCAUCCUUCAGUUUUGGGGAAAUACCCCCUCCUUUUAGGUAGUACUAAAAGGAAUCCAUCCAGUCUCCCAGCUUUCCCACCAGCAAAAAAACAGUCCUUCACUAUUCAUGAAGAAAAGCCUACAUCAUCUGAUGGCUUCCCAGUGAGAAGUUGUUCCCAGAAGGUCUUCCCCUCUGUCUUAGCUUCUACAGUUAACCUAGAAGGACCUUGGAAGAGUGGAAAAAUGACACCUCCAUUAUGCAAGUGUGGCCGAAGAUCUAAGAGACUUGUUGUUUCUAAUAAUGGACCAAACCAUGGAAAAGUCUUCUUUUGUUGCCCAAAUGGGAAAUACCAAGAAAAUAGAAAAUGUUGUGGUUAUUUUAAGUGGGAACAAACACUUCGAAAGGAGAGAGCCAACAGCAGCGUUCUGUCUUAUUCUCCGGGGGGACCCACUUUUAGUUCCCCAGAAAUAAGCCAUAUUUGUGACAGAAAUGUAAAUUUUUCUACCAAAAAUUCAUUGAGACUCAGACCUUCAAUGAGGAAUUGAUAAACCUUCCCUAUGACUAAA